AAAAAUAACUACAAUUAAAAUGUGCCUUCGCCCACUACCCGAUAUUACACCCGAACGCCAGUCCCAACACUUUGUUGGUCAUCAGUGGCAAGAUGACCAUCAACACCACCAAAGACAACAACUAAAUCGAAAUUUGAAUCGACCGUGGAAUUUAUUUGAACAUUUACAAAAAGCUAAAAUAGGAGAAUCAGAAUUUCCCAAAAUUACACCAUUGGAACGAAAAAUGAUUGGAAUGGCUACAACAAUAUUUGAAUGCAGUUAUUUAUUUUUUGCCACAUUUUCAGCACUUUUCUCUAUUUUGCGGCUAAAAAUGAAAGGAAAACUUGCAACUAUGCCAAUUAUUUCUUAUUUUCUACCAAACGAGAAUACUUAA